AUGGCACAAAAACCUAAGGACCCAUCUCCUUCACAAUCUGAAAACCAAGAUGAUGAAGAAGCCACGUCUCCACAUGUGUCUCCAAGAGGUAAUACUCCACAUAGAUCUCCUUCCCCAACUCAAGAAGUCAACAUUCCAACUCCACCUCCAUCACCUAAACAAUCCCCUCCUAAACCAGAAGAUGUUAAAAUUCCAACUCCACCCCCUUCACCAAAACAAACAACCCCAAAAAUAACACCACCGAAACAGCCAACUCCAACAGCGACACCGAAAGUUCCAGUUUCGGUUGUUCCCACUUCUACAACCGAAACUUCUCUACCACCUCCACCAGUAUCUUCUGUUUCUAUUUCCACAACACCUUUAUCUACUCCAAUCAUUACCCCAGUCACAACCACUACAAUCCCUGAACAAACAGCAAGGGUCAAGGUAUCUAAUACGGGGGCACCUACUGUACCCGGCACCCCUGUCAUCACUAUACCUCCCUUGCCAACCCAAUCAACCGGUUCCAAUGCUACUCUUGAAGGCGACAAUGAUGAUAACCGAUUUUCUUGUAGCAAAACCAUCGAGAAGAUCACUAUUGAUCUCUAUCAGUGGUUUAACAGGGAAGCUCUGAGCAUCCCCAACAUUGACAUGGCUACUGCUCUAGCGGCCUUCAAAAUGGGUCUAAGGAAGGAAUCAGCCUUUUAUGAGGAUCUCAUGAUGACUCCUUUCAAGAGAUUGGACGAAGUUAAGUGUCGAGCAUUGAGGUUCAUAAAGAUUGAAGAGGAUAAAGAAGUCCAAAAGAAGAGCAACCCUUCAAGUCAAUACGAGAAUCCCAAUAGGAAGGCCGAAUCAUCGGCUCCAAGAUCCUACAAAUCAAAGCAUUAUUCUAAACCAGAUCAUCACAAGGUUAACGCCCUCGAAGAUGAAGGAGAGGAAGAGGAACCUCCUAAGUGA